AUGGCCGUGCUCCGGAGCGCGGGCGCCGCGCACCUGCUGAGCACAGGACUCGCUAAGCUGACCCUGAACUACUGGACGCUGAGCUCCAACUUCAACAUCAUCACGAACACAGAGGGCCAGCACAGGCACACCACGCGGCCCAUGAAUUGCCACAAGUGGAAAGAUUGCACGCUGAACGUGACUGGCCACAUGGACUACCCCACCCAGAUUGCGAAGGACUACUGGACACUGAAAAUCAACUCCAACAUCAUCACGAACAUAGAGGGCCAGCACAUGCAGGAUUACAACACGCUGACCCUGAACGACUGGACGCUGAACUUCAAAUUCAACAUCCUCACGAACACAGAGGGCCAGUACGUGCAGGACUGGACGCUGAGCUUCAAGUUCAACAUCUUCACGAACACAGAGGGCCAGCACAGGCAGGACUACGACACGCUGACCCCGAACUACUGGACGCUGAGCUUCAAUUUCAACAUCCUCACGAACACAGAGGGCCAACACAUGCAGAACUACACCACGCGGCCCCUGAAUUGCCACCAGUGGAACGAUUGCACGCUGAACGUGACUUGCCACAUGCUGCUUCAGACGACGCACGCGGGCGCCGCCGAGCUUCAUCGAGGCCAGCUCCGCUCUCGACUCACUGCUGCGUAUUCCCCACCGCGGCCGAACGGAGCAGGUCAUUACCAACACUGGAAAGCAGGAUGCCGCCGACCAUGGAGCUGGGUACCGCAGGCACAUACCGACAUCCCAAUUCGCGUCAUGCCCAUCCUGUUCACGGACCUCAACCAAGGGCCAGGACGACGAUCACGACAGCGCCGCACCGACAACGCAAUCGGCAGCUACCAACCCAGCGACGAGACCGAGCUCGGACGCUUGAUUCACGACAAGUUCCUGACGCACCAGCUGACAGCCAUCAACAUGCACAUCGACGUCGGCAAUACCUACUACGGGCACAACAAAGCCAGAUCAAGCAUCAACUACUUCAUCGGCCACGACAACUUCAUGGAAAUCGUGAAGCACGUGAAGCUGAAUUGGAAGAUCCACACCAAGCUAAGUAGCCUACUACAUGUUGCCGACCACAUCCCCAUGAUUAUGCAGAUCAAGAUGCCUGUCAGCGGCGCCAACAUCACGAACAACAACAUCCGCUGGGACUGUGGCCUACUUGCUGCUGGGCUCCAGACGGGCGCCCACCGUGCGUCUUCUCUCAACGACGCCUACGCCGAGAUUAGCAAACACAAGGAGGCCCUCCGAGUUGUCAAGAUGGAUCAGUGGGCUCCCCCCGAGGCCAGCGUGAGGCUCGAAGGGCUCGGGCACCGCUACGACGACACCAAGCAGAAGCUGGUGAUCGGCGCGCCCAUGUGGGAGGGCCAGGUAGGCCACUGGCUAGAGACGCUCGAGCAGUGA